AUGUCAGUGCUGAACUACUUCUUUGGGUCGAAGACCGCGGCGGCGGAGGACGCGAAGCCGGCAGCGCUGCAAGUGAAUGGCCUCCCGCUGGCCAAGGGCAUGUCGCUCUCGCAGUGGCUUCAAAACGUGCGAUCGAACCCGCUGCUGGACCACCGCACGACAGAGGCGCUUCCGGAGACGGCGGACGUGGUGAUCAUUGGCGGAGGGAUUUCCGGCGCGACGACCGCACUGGCGCUGCUGCAGAGCCAGACACCGCCGAAGAGCAUUGUGAUGCUGGAGGCGCGUGAGCUGUGCAGCGGCGCAACGGGGAGGAAUGCGGGGCAUUGUAAGCCGGAUCAGGUGCGUGGUGUGGCGAUGUGGACGCGCAUAUACUCACGCUCUACAGUGGCGCGGAUUCCUGAAGUACCAGAAGAAGUUUGGAACGGAGCAGGCACUCAAGGUGCGCCUAGUCGAACACUGGACGUCCCCGUCACCGACGAGGUCGCAGAGGCGACGGCCAAGAUCUUUGAGGCCUGCAAGGCCGCGGGUGGACCGACAGACAAGGUAGAGGUCAUCACGGAUAAGGCUGAGGCCGUGAAGCGCUCCCGUAUUAAGAGCGCUUGCGCCGUCUACGCCUGGGACGCGUCUACCCUCUACCCCUGGAAGCUCGUCGCGCACGUCAUCAAGCGCUGCCUCAGCAUGGGCCUCAACCUUCAAACCUGGACCCCCGCCCUUUCUGUCGCCCCCUCCUCCUCCUCGCCUGACCAGUGGACCGUCACCACCGAGCGCGGCACAAUCACCACCCCGACCGUCGUGCACUGCACCAACGCCUACGCGGGCGCCAUCCUCCCCGAGUUCGCCCCCGUCAUCCAGCCGCGGCCGCACAUGUGCAACCGCGCGGUCCCGCCGCGCGCGUGGUCCGGGAGCGGCGCGCUGCAGAACUCGUACGGCGUCCUCCUCCCGAACGGCGCGCUGUUCUCGAUCAACCCGCGCUGCACGGCGGACGGCGUGGUGCUGUUCGGGGGAAGCAACCCGGGGCAGGGCGAGCUGGAGAAGUACGUGGACGAGAAGCCGGAAAGGCGCACGUGCGACGGGUUGUCGAACUUCGAGCCGGUGACGCGGCCGGUUAGGGAGUUCACGCAGAAUGAGUUUGAGGGGUGGGGCACGGAGUUUGCGCCCGGGGAGGGGUAUGACUAUUCGUGGAGUGGGAUCAUUGGAGAUACCGCGGACGGUGUCCCGUACGUUGGGCCGGUUCCGGGAAAGAAGGGGCAGUGGAUAUGCGCAGGGCACAAUGGGCACGGCAUGGCUCGCGUCUUCACCUGCGGUCCCGCGCUCGCAAAGCUCAUCCAGGGCGCUGAAUGGGCCGACAUCAACCUGCCUGAAGUGUUCCAGAUCACGGAAGAGCGCCUGGCGCGGUUGCAGGCCGGCGAGAAGAACUUCAAGCACCGUAUGUAA